UUAAGCAUAUUCAACAACAGUUUUGCGGCAAUAAAUCAAUUUAAGAAUACACAAACUUUGCAAUAAAAACAUGACGCAUGGCAGUUCAGUGUGUGAACAAACUCAGCCAAGGAUACGCCGUAACCCACUGACUAAACAAUUAUGAAAUUAAUAGUCUCUUAAUUGGCAACGAUUAUUGCAAACAAACAAAUUGAACAGCAUUGAACUUUGCGGAAACGCGUGAGAGUGUGAAAAGUGAAAAGUUGAGCAGUCACAAGCCUCGGCCAAGUUGGCAAAAGAUUUUUCGAACGUGGCCAUGAAGCACGAGAAGACGUUGCCGGCGUUGGCCGCACAUGGCACAACGCCGACGCUGAAGCGAGACAGCAGCGCAACGCGCAGUCCCAUUACCAAGGCCUUUGACUUUCUGCCCUGGACACGCAGUCGCAGCAAGACGCCAGCGCCCAAGACGCCAGAGCAGCAGAACGGCGAGCUGGCCACAAAUAGUGGCGAAGUGCAUUAUCGUCGCAAUAUAUUUCGCAGCGGUGGCGGCCUGAUACGUGAUAUGCUCACUGGCGACAAGGAUAAGCUGCCGAAGGACAAAGACAAGCCGCCGCCAUCGCCGCUGUCCGCCACUAAGAAGCAGCAGCGCAAGCAGAAGCAGCUGUCGCGCAACAAGAGCUUGGACAUACGCGAGCUAAUUGGCAGCGUGGAGCGCGAGUUGGCGCCCAGUGCACUGGGCAAGGCCAUGCCGCAGCCACAGCCACAUCGCUUCCUAGACGACACCUACCUAGACAACAAGCCCAAGCACAUACUCUUCAACGACGAGGAGAACACAGUCUAUCUCAUUAAGAAGGAGCAGCCAGUGGCCAAGGCGCAUAAGACGGCGCCACAAGCUGCCCACGCCCACAUACAUGGCAAUGGGAAUGGCAAUGGGAAUGGCGGUGAAGUGCUGAAGGCGCGACUCAAGUUCAAGCGACUGCCCAGCGAGCACUACGCUGCCUCGCCGGAGGCCUUGCGCCGAGCUCAGCUGCUGUAUCAGCGCAGCGAGCAGCGUCAUGUGCUGCAGCGACGCAAGAGUCUGAGCGAUUCGCAUUACGAGCAGCAGAGCAGCUCGAGCUUGAGCAGCGCUGGCAGCAAUGCCACGGGCAUUAUGCUGGAGCGACCCAAGACGGAUAAGCCGCGCAAGAAACUCUCGUUUCGCGAGCCCAUUGAGGGUGGGCUGUCGCCUGUUAUGGUCGCCAUGUCGGCAGCCAUGCUCAUGGAGCAGCGUCAGUCGCGGCAGCGGCGUCGCAGCUCGCCGCUGGAGCGCACGCUGUGCCAGGCCCAGGGCGCUGACUGUGAUAGCAGGCGCAGCAAGGAUAUUAUAUCCGAUCCCGAGUCACAGGCAAUGCGCAUUGUGCGCACUGUUGGACAAGCCUUUGAAGUGUGCCACAAAUUUAAUCUUCAUAAGAAUUCCCUGGAGCCCAAUGACGAGCGCUCCGAUGUCUCCUCAUCGGAGCUGCUGGACGUCGAGCAAAUAAGCGAGCAGCAGCUGAGCGAGGACGGUGGACGCGAGACGCCAAAGAAAGAACACUUGGCCAUAACGCCCGAUUUGAAUCACACGCAGCCGCAGCGACCGAACCACUUGGAGCUGCUGCCAACGCAGUCGAGCCUACGCAAAUCCAACAACAGCCUGCUGUGCGAAUUGGACUCACCGAGCUCGCCCUCAUCGCCGCGCACUGAAAUCACACAGCUCAAGGAUCAAUUGGAGGCGCAGGCGCAGCAGACGCGCCAGGCGCUUGCUCAGCUGAUGCUGGUGCGGGAGCAGCUCAUCUCGGAGACAAAUGCGCGCAUUGAGGCGCAGGCGCGCACUCAGCAGUUGCUGCAACAGAAUCGCGAGUUGCUUGAGCAUCUUGCCUCGCUGGGCGCCUACACUGAGCAACAGAGCACGGGUCUGACCACAGCAAAUAUUGGCAUGGCGCCACAGCAGCAAUCACAACUGCAGCUGCUGCUACAGGCGACCAGCAACAACAACAAUCUGGCCACCAUCAAUCAGCAGAUCAACAAUUUGGGCAACAUCAAUCAGCAGCUCACCUCGCUGAGCCAUCAGCUGAGCGGCCUCAAUCAGCAAAGUCAGAACCUGCAGAAUCUGCAAAGCCUGCAGCAGCAGCAACACUCGCCGCCAACACCCACACCGCAGCAGCAGCAGCAGCAGCAGCAGUCGCAGUUGACGCCGCCCACACCGCCGCCUGGUCUCAGCAGCGCAGCCAGCGUCAGCGGCAGCAGCACGUUUCCCUCAAUGAGUCAGCUGCAGAGCAUCAGCAAUCAGCUGCAACAGCAGCAGCAGCAGGACGCACUCUCCAAGGAUCUGUUCCAAGUCAAUCAGGAGCUGCUGAAUCGCCUGCAAGCGCUCAAUCUGAACGCCAAUGCCACGCAGACACAAGCCACGCCCACAGCUUCGCCACACAACUCCUACUUCUUUGUAAAUCCGCUGUCCUGCGCAGCAGCGACGCCCGGCACGCUGAGCAACAACAAUGCGGCCAAUGCAUUCAAUUUUCUGGCCUCGCCAGCAGCAGCAGCAACAGCUCUGAAUACAACGCCGCUGGGCACGCUUAAUCGCAAUUCGUUUCCAGGCAGCAGCUCGCUCAACGAGGAACUGCGUCUGAGCAUUGAGCAUAACCUCAACAAUCUGGAGGAGCAGCUCAAGGUGGCCGUAUCUAAUGGCAAUCUGGCCGGCUUGGCCUGCGGCGGCUCCACCAGCACUCGAGACACCAGUCGCAGCAGCUCAACGCUGGACUCGCCAUCAUCGCCGCGUCAGCGUGGCAGCAACAACAAUCUCAGUCCCAGCAGCAGCACUCAAAGCAAUGUCAACAAUAAUAAUGGCAACGGCAAUGGCAAUGGCAGAGACACGCGCUUCAACAAGGUUCAGUUGCGUGUGACGGAUGAAAUGGGCCAUCAGCGUAAGCUGUCGGCCACGCCCAGUUUCAUAACGCGCAGCACCAGCGAAAAGGUGCCCAAUCGCAGCCAGAUGAUGAGCCAGGUGCAGCGCACGCUCUGGGCCAGGCACACGACCAAGUGAGAGCUUGGCACAGCAAUUAUAGUUAGUACUAAGUAUAAGAGAGCGAGAUUGAGUGAGUGAGUGAGUGAUUGAAUGACUGUGCGUGCGUCUGUGUGUGUGAGAGUUUGUAACAGUAUUAAAUGCUAAGUCAAUAGGCUAUGUUCGCGUCUUAGGCGUGGCAAAGUAUUCAACAUAUACUUAUACUUACUAUAUACCCUACGCAUAUCAGCUAAUAUAGCUUAGAGCGAAAAGUAUUUUCUCUUCUUCUAGCUUCUAACUAUCUCUCUCUCCCAAUAACAGUGUCAAAAUUGUAGUCGCUAAGCCAUUGUACAUUUUGUUGUUAUGUAAAUUGUUUUGCAAACAUAAAUAAAUUUGCAAUUAUUUUUAUAAUUAGCCGUGUCAAUAGUGAAUUGCCAAAUAUAUAGCAAAUUAGUUAUCGUUAAAUGUAAAUUAUCAAAUACUCUAAAUACAUGUAAACAUACAAUAUAUUUAAUGUAUAAUUUAUGAACUAAGCUCUUUAAGCUACCGAAAAACAACAACAAUGCCAAACAACAAACAACAGCAAUAAAAAUGCAUAUAAACCGUCACAAUAUUUAUUAUAGCCAAAGCCAUAGUUUUUAUAAUCAACCAUCGACCCCCGACUGCUGCUCAUAGCCAA